UGGCUGCGGCCGGGCGGAGGCGUCCAGUUCUGUGCUGCACGUCACUGCCAGUGGAAGUCAGAGAGAGAGACAGAGGUUCCUGUCAUACGUCUCACGUGUGAAAGUGGGGGGAACGAAUAAAAGUGUUUUCUCGGGAUGCUCGGAGCGUUCUCGCGGGCGAAAUGAUAUUAUAGUGCGCCAGGUAGUGCGUCACGGACAGGUACUGCGGGCGUGUGCGUUUGUUGUUGUUGUCGUCAGGUGGUCAGUACGCGCGUCCUCCCCCGACGCGGAGGAGGGACUGGAACAAUUUCGAUGAGGAUGUCGGUGCUAGGGAAGAGACAGCACUGCUACCUGUGCGACCUGCCGCGCAUGCCGUGGGCCAUGCUGCACGACUUCACGGAGGCGGUGUGCCGCGGCUGCGUCAACUACGAGGGCGCCGACCGCAUCGAGCUGGUGCUGGAGGCGGCGCGGCAGAUGAAGCGCGCCCACCAGGGCAAGCCGCCCCCGCAGCAGAUGCACGCGCGCGCCGGCGUGCACGAGAACGGCACGGCGGGGCUGGUCGAGCUGGCGCCCGGCGCCCACGGGGGCGGCGGCGGCUCCGGGGGCGGCGGCGGGGGCGGCGGCCGGCAGGCGCAGUCCCAGCAGCAGCAGCAGCAGCAGGUGGCGCCCGGGCCGCCCCCGCCGCCUCCGCAGGGGUACGCGAUGCACCACUCGCGCAGCAGCGCGGCGGCGGCGGCCGCGGCGGCGGUGGCGGCGGGGGCGACGGGCGGGCUGCUGGCCGAGUACCAGCCGCACGACAUGGUGCGCGUGCGGCUGCCGCACCUGUCGGCGACGCACCACGCGCUGGCUGCGGCGGUCGCCUCCCACCGGCCCCCGGGGGGCCUCAAGCGCGGCCUGUCCGCGUCGGCCGACCCGGGCGACGACGACCACGGCGCCGACUCGAAGCGGCUGCUGGCCGACGACCACGGGCCGGCGGGCGUGGGGCGGCCGCCGCUCACCAGGGGGGAGUCGCUGCCCGCCGUCUCCAUCAGCACGCCGCCCUUCCUCGAGAGGUCCUUCAAGGACAAGCACCCCAUGAGGGCGCCUUCCUUCGACACGGCCACCGCCUUCAAGAGCAACGGAUACCCAGGUGUGGCGAUGAGCGUGAGUGCAGGUGGAGCGGGCUCUCCGCUGGGCCCGCGCACCAACACUCCUCCAGAGUCUGCAGCUGCCACGGCGGGCAGUGGUGCUGGAGCCGCUGCCCCUGGACAGUCCCCCAUGGCUGCUCUCAUGUCAGUGGCAGACAACUUGCCACCCGGAUCUCCGCGCUCUGCAGGAGGCAGCCCUCCGGGGCCACCACGCUCUGCUUCCAGGGGCUCCCAGCAUUCUCCCAACUCCUCAGGUUCCACGGGGAGUCGCCGUAGCUCAGGCAGCCGGACCGUGAGUUCGACCACAGUGACCACGUCCAGCGAAGCGGACGGUGCGGGUGCCGGCACGGGUAGUGGCGGAGCCGCUACCGGGCACGACGGAAAUUCCACCGCGGCCUCGGGACCCGGGCAGACGCCGGCGGGGACCGGCGGCAGUGCGGCGGGGACCGGCGGCAGCUCUGCCACGACUCUGAAGUGUACGCUGUGUCAGGAGAGGCUGGAAGACACGCACUUCGUGCAGUGUCCUUCUGUUCCACAGCACAAGUUCUGUUUCCCAUGCAGCAGAGAGUCCAUCAAGAGGCAGGGUGCAGGUGCUGAGGUAUACUGCCCGAGUGGUGAAAAGUGCCCACUGGCCAACUCCAAUGUGCCGUGGGCAUUCAUGCAAGGAGAGAUUGCUACAAUCCUGGGCGAGGAGUUCAAGACGAAGAAGGAGACCUAGGGGUACGUCCAGAUGCAGAGGGUCAGAACGAGUCGUCGCUAGUCGUUAGCCUCGGCAGGGGCACGAAGGGGGGGCGGCAGCGCCUGUGCCUGCGGAGAACACCCCCGCUGCCGUCUUACUGCGGCUGGCCGGAAGGGGCCUGAGGAGAGCCCUCCCUUGUCUUUUUGGUCUAACGCUGCGGCCCCCCUUCCCUGAGAGAGUGGAGGGGGUACACCUCUAUUGUUUGUCUGGUCACUGGAGAAAUAAUGGGCUGUCACAGAAUGGCAGUGUGUCAUACUUAACCCCGAAGCUGAGACCUUUUCUAAAAGCAACAAACAAGUAAAUCUGCUGAUGGAAACAAUGUUGGUGAUAUAUUCUCUGAGACCGUUUGUCAAACUGUCUUGCCAUUUAGCUGUUCUCGGUGACCAUUUUGUGUAUAUAGAAUAACCUUCCACGGUGCGGAAGGGUGUAUUUGGAGUCUUCUUGGGAAGGUAUUAAGAAUUUUCCUGAAAUUGUACUGCUGUUCAGAAGUUUUGAUAGCAGUUUUUGAUUUAAUUUGCACGGUGAGAAUUACGUCCUCUGAGACUUUUGUCAGAAUUGUUUUUAGUCGGACUGACUGUAUUAGCAGCGCUUGUAUCUAGUAGGGACAACAAACAAAUAUUAUGUAUAUAGUAUAAAAAUCAGUCAUUAAUAAACAUAUUAAUAUUCAUAAUAAUAAGAAUAACAACUGAUACCUUUUUCUGAAUGUAAAUACGCAGUUUACAGUGCUUUGUGUAUUACACAUUACACUUAUGUGAUGUAUUUAUGCGAGGGGCAUGCCACGGAUUCACUACUCGUGCAGUACCAGGUAGAGGGGACUGUUUUACCCCUCGCAGAAUCUGUUCCACUUUUAUUGAUCUUUAUAUCGAGCUGUGUAAUUGCGCUAGCCGCAUUACUGAGUUUUUCUGUGCACAAAAGUACACAUCAUGGGGAGUCGUUACAGUGUAUAUAAAUAUAUCAUUUAUUGUAAAUAAAUGAACUGUACAUAGUAUAUAUUAAUUUCCCUUUAUAUAGUGUUGCAUUGAACUGUUGUAGACUUUUUUAAAAUUAAGGCUAACUUGUAGAUCUUACACAGUUAAAUUUUAACUGUAACAUUUCAUGAAAAAGGACUGGAAAGUUUGUUUUUUCCCGAAAUGAUUCCUAGGUACAAACAGUGAUAAACUCUUUUUGACUCUUAGUUUUUAGCACUAAGCUACUUACUAAGUUUAGGAGUGAUUUUUUUAACUUGUUUACAAAUUAGGUGUGUAUUCAUCUUUUUGUAUACCAACUAAUAUGUGCUGGACAAAUGUAUUAGUUCAGCUACUCUUUUGGAUUUGAAGGACUGAAAUAAAGAGUGACAGUGUUCAAAACAGGGUUGCACAAAGUUUUUGUGUUUUUUUUGUGUGUGUGUGUGGAUGUUGUAGCAUUUGAGAGUAAUUUUGUUGAAUUGACUGUGGUUGAAUGUAUGUGUGUCAAGCCUUGUUUUAUUGUCUGAUCUUCGUGAAGUCUCAGCUACAUACCUUGUUUUACUUUUGUCGAAUGUGUAUCGUAUGUGGAUUGUGAUGUGCUGUUGAUGUUCAUUUGACAUGUGAGGCUGCCAAUUUCGAAUGAUUUUUAUAUUAUGUUAUGUCUCCAUUUAUGGCUUCAGUACUCUUUGCCUCUUCACCGCUUGCAGGCCUGUUAUUGUGAUGAUCAUGUUACCUAUAGAAUCAGAAUAACUCUACUGCUGUUAAUAAAAGAAUGUUCUAAAAUAUUUACGUAUAGGAAAGGAUGGCAAUUUUAUGCAGUUCUGAUAAUGGCUGCAGAUAAUUAAUUUUAUAGAUGAGUUUUCAAAUGAUUUUAAAAUUGUCUUCAGUGAUGUAUGUGUAUGAAUGGAUAAGAAACUCCUGUUUUCUGUUGUUACUAAUAUGUGCUGCACAUUUUAUGUGGAGAGGUUCAGUUUUUUACAUAAUACAUAUUAUCACGUUGUUUUGUUUUGUAUAACCUUUUCACAAUAAAAAAUAGUCAUUGCCAGACUGUACAGUGAAGUACUGUAGACUAAAAGUAAUUAUCACAUGCAAAAUGUAGGUAUCUUUCACACCAGACUUAAAUAGCCAGUGUACAUCAAUAUGUUUCAAAUAUUGAAAUAAAAGAGAUUAGUUGUUUGAGGCAAUUCCACAAUCUUUGGUUGGUCAAAUGAGCCAGUUGAUGAAGGGAAUAGAUCCUGAGGUUAUCUCGAGUUCUACAGCUGUGUAAGCCCAAUAUUCUAUUUCUUUGCUGCAGUACAGUGGACCAGAAGCAUCAGAAAAUGAGUCUGGCAGCUUAAUAGCAUUUUUUGCUGUUUGAUCGCAGGCAGUCACUGACUGCUUACAUGAUAAGUUUUCUCACAAUAUGGCAGACCAUUGCUGCCACAUUAUCAGGAAUAUUUUGCUUUUCGUUUUUUUCUGCAGCAAUGAUUUGUUUUGUUUUUAACUUCCUGUAGCUUUUGCAGUCAUCAGCCACCCUUUAUUGUGUAGUAGAUAACCUUCUUACCCUAGUCAAUGCCUGGACUGCAAUGUCCUAUAAAGGAACUCCAAAACUCGCUGGUGUGUUUUAACAAUUAAUCAGAAUUUGAUUAAAACCCUUGUGUAGUAAGACAAAUUUUAUUAGCAAAACUUAGUACUAAUAGUGUCUCUAAUGAAAGGUAGUUUUGCAGCAAAACUAUCUCUAUUGUAUAACAAGUAACUUUGUAAAAAGGUAAAGUUUUUUUGGUCAGUGAUAGCUCAGAUGGACUAUUUUUAAUUAUAAUUGUUACUGAAAUGAUGAAUUAACUUAGAUGUUCCUUUUGCCUUGUACAAAUAAAUAUGUUUGCUGUAAUACAGCUUGAGUUGAAGUAUAUAAAUGGUGUGAUAAAUAUGACUUCUAGCUUCUAAACCAUAGCCAUCUAAUUCACUAACAGCUUGUGAAAAACAAAAACACACACACACACACACACACACACACACACACACACACAAUUUAUCCUUUCAUUCGCUACUUUGGAAACUUGUGGUAACCACACAAUGUUUCACUGGGUCAAUCAGCCUCCAUAGCUGAGCAGUUAGGUUGGGUCAUUCUGCUGUGCAGAGGGCCUGGGUUCAGUUUCCAGUUCUGACAGGGAUUGUUUCCAGGAUGGGAGAACUGGAAUGAGAGCACUCAGCCAUGUGAAGCUAGCUGAGGUGCCGUUUGAUAAAAAAGUAGUGGCUCAGGAAGUUGAUGAUAGCGAGGAGAGUGGUGUGCUUACCAUAGGACCCUCCAUACUGCUGCGUCCGCAGCUCGUGGUCGUGCGGUAGCGUUCUCGCUUCCCGCGCCCGGGUUCAAUUCCCGGCGGGGUCAGGUAUUUUCUCUGCCUCGUGAUGACUGGGUGUUGUGUGAUGUCCUUAGGUAAGUUAAGUUUAAGUAGUUCUAAGUUCUAGGGGACUGAUGACCAUAGCUGUUAAGUCCCAUAGUGCUCAGAACCAUUUGAACCAUUUUGAACCUCCACACUGCAUUUAAAUGAUGCCACAGCCAAAGGAUGACAUGUCAGCCUGUUCACGUGGCGGAAUCUUCAGGGCCUGUAGUUCUUUUUUGGGCUGGGUUGACAAUUCCAUUUUUCUGCACGCAAUGUUGAUCUGUUUGAAAUCAAGACAGCAAUAACCAUCUUUUGUGGGUUUGGAAAAAUGGUAGUGAAAAAUGUGAUUUGGCUCUAGUAGACUUGUGCGAACUACACCUUCUAAAAGAUCUCACACACACACAAAUUCAGUAGCAGUAGAGGAUUAACUUUAGGAAUAUAUUCUACUGCAUGAAUUUUGGAACCAAUUAGAAAGAGCGCUCACUGUUCUACUCACUCUGUGGACAGUGACCAUUGCAAGCAGUAAAUGAUUUAGUAGCCCUUCCAUCACUAUAAUGGUGCACACUACAGUUGACUGACACAAUGACUGAAGUCCAAGAAAUUGAUUCAGUGCUGUGAAAUGAUGUUAUUACAGUACGUGCAGCAUGAAUUGCUACGAAUAAUUUAUAAUUCUAAAUUUAUUUCUGAAUUGGGAUAGGAAUCUGUGUGAGAGCACUGUACUCUACUUCAAAUGACCUAGAAGCUAUUUAGCAGAAGGAGACAGUGGUAGGAGGAGUGAUCUGCAUUGAAACCUUAACUUAUCGUCAGGAGACUAACUUGGAAAUUGAUUGUGCCAAAUUGCAGGAGAGAGUAAGACACUAGUGUGUAGUCACAGUAUGGCGUAUUACUGUGUUGAAAGUGAAAAAAAGACAAUGAACUAUUGUUCAGGCGGUGGUGUUAUGCAGCACUUCCCUAAAAAAAAUUAUGAAAGAAGUGUAAUCUAAAGAAAUUUUGGUACCCUCCUUCCUUCAUAACUUUUUACUGUAUGCCCUUUGCUACAAAAAAACACUCCGGUUUUCAAUUUCGAUCCUACACAUCCGGUUCCUUUUGUUGCCCUGUGCCUUUGGGCUCAGCGGCACUUCGAAAUCAUGAAACCCCUCAUUUUUGCCUGCAGGUACUAAGUUUCCUUUCUCCUUGGAUAUCCUAUUACAUUAGCCACUUCUGUGCCAGGAUGGCAUUGGAAUAGCUCCCCCCUCCCCAAUUUCACGAAAGUGUGACACUGAAGUGAAGCUCAUAUGUCCUGAGCUUAUUAGAUUGUGCUGAAGAGUGGUUGAAAUGUGCAUGCAGUGGAAGUAAGGUUAUUACUUCAUGCCAGAAACUCAUUUUCUGAUACCAGUAGCAUAGAUGGCGGGCAGAAUUGUUGCAGGUGGUCAGUUGGGGCAUUGCUUGCUGUACUGCUUCUCUGGAACCUGUGUAUCACAUCUACUUUGUCUUUAGUUCUUAAAGUUGUGCUGGCCAUACUGCAUAGUAAAAAAAGUAGCUGAGGUUUCCUGGUGGGGCACUGGUAGUAUUACUUAUUUGAAAGCAAAUGAGAUUCUCUAAGGUUUGAAGAUAAAAGUUAUUUGUAGGCCAGUUUCAUAAGAGUAGGCUAUGUACAUAAAAUUCAUUGUCAUAUGUGGUAGACUCAGCUGUGAUGAACCUGAAACACCAUUUGAGAGACAGGAUCUGCAAGCCUGUUUCUCGAUCUGAAUGUGCUGAUUUUUAUCUUAGACAAUCUGUUUGCUUUAGAAGGCUGCAUUAGGGAAUAAUGUCUAAAAUGUAAUAUUAGUACAGUACUGUAGAGAAGUUGUGUACACGUGAAGCCUGUGUUUAUUGUUUUUUGAUGCUUGUAACCAUACUUGACAUGCUGCAGAAGAAAUUAUAUGCUCAUGAAAUAAAAUAUUUUUUGGUGUUUACAAUAA